AUGGCGCCCCUGCCAGCCUCAACUUGUCAAACCACCAACUCCCGGAGCCUCCGAACCCCGGGCUCCGGCUCGGGCUCCGCCAGGCCCGGGGAGGCCUCCAGGCCCCGGGGACUCGGCCAGGCCGGGUCCCCGCUGCCCCGGACCCGCCGGGGGCGGGGAGAGCGGGCGGGGCGGGGCGGCGCGGCGGCCCGGCAUGGCGAGCAGCGCGCCCAGCAUGGAGCGCACCGGGCCUCCCCAGCCCCCAGGGUCCAGCAGAUGGUGCGAGACUACGCCUCCUUCGGACUUCUCUCCUCCUUGCUCGAGCUGGAGCCAUUCACCCGCGGCGUUGCCGUGCUCCUCCCGGUCGCGCGGAAAACAACUCAUAGGGGCGGCUGUCCCAGCAACACCCUCGCAGUGAAAGUAGUGCCCUGUUACCUCUUUGACUACCACAAACACAUCACCUUCUCGGUGUGGGGCUGUGAGUCAUCCUCAGAGAUCCCCCCACGGACCAUAGAAAUGGCCAUCCUGUGGGUCAGCCCAGUACCCCAAAACAGCCUAUGCACUUACGUCUCCCAGGGACAGGAGGACCCAGAUGCCCGCAAGUAUGAGGACCUCGUCGUCCCAGACACAAAGUUCGCCCUCUUACAAGAGGGCCAGGAUAACAACAGCCUCGUCCUCAGUGGCGAGGCCACCCAAGUCGCUCCCCAGACCUACUUCCUCCACUUUCGCAGUACAAGAAUCAGUCGCUUCUUCCAACUCUUAGAUGCCAGAGUUACUAACCUAGGUAACAAAAACACCAUCGCCCCUAAGAGCGUCUCCCUACACUAUCUACCCGAUGCAAACAUGUUUCGAGCAACCAUCAAGAUCAUGGGGAAUGUGCUGCUGCAAGACAGCCUGUGGGUCCAGCUGCACAUCUGCACCAGCGGAAACCCCUCAGAGAUUAUACUCCAUAAAGCCAGCAUACCCCAAUCCUCAUCAUCCCAGGGAGGGCAUUUUAUUCCCCUUUUUCUGGAGAAGAAAAAGGUCGUGAAGCCGGGAGAAUCGACCACCUUCAGAGUUAUAGCCUGUUUCCACUUGGGACAAAGAAAAUCUGGGAAAACCCCUGCUCUCUUCAUAGCGGGCUUGGAACAAAACCAGACAACGAUCGUGCAGCCCACCGUUUGGCUACCCAACAUAAGACUCCAUGUCACCGUUACCAACAACAGCCCCAAAUUACUCAUCCUCAGGAAAGAUACCCCGGUAGCCGCCGCAGUCCCCCUAUAUUAUACUGACAGAGACACUCCAAGUGAGCAGACUCCAACCCACGGGCUCGUGUCCUGUGACCUAGACCUGAUGAAGCUGGUGUGGGAAACAGCCAUCAUUGAGACGGGAGAAGGAGGGAUGAUAUUUUACCCAAUGCACAUUAAACUCCGAGAACUGAACACCACGGAUGAACCCAUGGACCACUGAAUCGCAGCAGCUUCCCCCAUCCCCUCCCCUCCACCACGAACAUCCCAUUCCCAACCCACCCCCCUCCCGCCCAUGGAUGUUGAUUAUGAAAAACAUAACAAAUAAACU